AUGCUGGCGACAGCCUCAGCCAGAGUAUCCUCCUCCUCCCUGUAUUCCCUCUGGCAACCCCACAUGGUUUUGAAUGAGGCUACAAGAGCGCCUCAAUCUUGGGUUCCCCAGAUGAAUGGUCUGAGGCUGGGACUAGUGCCAGGUCUUCCACGUGUCAGACUGGGGACCAUGUUGCUCUGGGGGAUGAUUUUUCUCCCAAGCAUAUACAUGGAAUUGGUACAUUAUGCUUCUUACGAAAAGGUCAUCCCUGAGAGUCUGACAGUUGAGGGAAGUGAAAAACCUGGAGAAAAGGCAUCCUACAUACUAUUCACGCAAGGCCAGAAGCAGCUGGUUCACCUACAUGUGAAGAGAGACUAUUUUGUGAAUGAUUUUCCAGUCUACAGCUAUCACAACGGGGUGCUAGGGCAAGAAAUGCUUUUCAUCUCACGCAACUGCUACUAUGAAGGCUACAUAGAUGGGGUGCCAGGUUCUUUUGUUUCUGUCAACACCUGCUCGGGCCUCAGGGGCAUUCUGGUUAAGGGGGAAACAUCCUAUAGCAUUGAGCCCAUUCUCCCUUCCAAACGAUUUGAACAUGCGUUGUACACGAUGGCACACGGAGCUCACGUCUCCUGUAGUGUCACUUCCAAAGGCGGCCAAGGGAUGUCCACCAGCCGGCAACAGGGAAGCAGGAAGCUUCACAACCCACAGGCGCUGUCCUACUUGUGGUCACACACCAAGUAUGUGGAGAUGUUUGUAGUGGUCGACAACCAGCGGUUCCAGAUGUGGGGCCGUAACGUCAGUGAGACGGUUCAGAGGGUCAUGGACAUCAUUGCUCUGGUCAACAGCUUCACGAGGGGAAUAAACACAGAGGUGGUACUGGCUGGAAUGGAGAUCUGGACUGAGGGGGACCUGACAGAGGUUGCAGCGGACUUACAAGUGACACUCAGGAACUUCAACAGCUGGAGACGAGAGAAGCUCGUCCACCGCGUGAGGCAUGAUGUUGCUCACAUGAUUGUCGGCCGUCAUCCUGGAGAGAACACGGGCCAGGCAUUUCUCAACGGCGCCUGCUCGAGCGGUUUUGCGGCAGCUGUGGAGUCCUUCCAUCACGAAGAUGUCCUCCUGUUUGCAGCGCUCAUGGCCCAUGAGCUCGGGCACAACCUGGGUAUUCAGCAUGACCACUCGGCCUGCACUUGUAAAAAUCAGCCCUUCUGUCUCAUGGGUGAGAAUAUCACUAAAGAGAGUAGCUUCAGUAACUGCAGUUCUGACGACUUCUAUCGCUUCCUUCGUGAACACCGAGGAGCCUGCCUAUUUAACAAGCCAUGGCACAGAAGCCGCAUGCGCAGGGUUUCCCGCUGUGGAAAUGGUGUGGUAGAGACACCAGAGCAGUGUGACUGUGGCUCUGACUGUGCACUUGACCCAUGCUGUGAUUCAACGUGUAGACUCAAAGACAAUGCACAGUGUGGUUAUGGACUCUGCUGCUUCCGCUGCAAGUACAGAAGAAAGGGGUUUUUAUGUCGCUCUAUCCAGGGUAAUUGUGACCUCCCGGAGUAUUGUAGUGGUAGGUCUGCCAACUGCCCUCCAGACGCCUACAAGCAAGAUGGCACACCGUGUGACAGAAUUUACCGCUGCCUUGGAGGGCAGUGUAUGAAUCCUGAUAAGCAAUGCUCGAAUAUAUACGGAAUACCUGCAAGAUCUGCCCCAGAAGAAUGUUACGUUUCAAUGAACAGCAAAGGGGACAGGUUUGGAAACUGUGGCAGUCUAACUGCACUUCAAUCAGCAUAUGUUCCAUGUGCAGAUGAAAAUAUAUUUUGUGGGAAACUUAUAUGUACCGAAGUUAAGCUCUUACCACAAAUACUACCCCAGCACACAGUGAUCCAAGUUGCUUAUGAAGAUGACUGGUGCUGGAGCAUUGAUAGCAAUAGCGGUAGCUCUGAUUAUGGAGAUGUGCAGAGCAACACUUACUGUGCCCUAAAUAAAGUCUGCAGGGAUCACUCCUGCAUUGUUUACCAGGCACCCAACUCUGACUGCCAAGCAGAUGAAAUGUGUUAUGGGAAAGGAGUUUGCAACAAUUUCAGGCACUGCCAUUGUGACAGUGGCUAUGCCCCUCCUGACUGCAGAAAUCCAGGAACUGGAGGUAGUGUGGACAGUGGACCCCCUGGCAAGCCAUAUAAUAGAAAUAUAAGUUCAAGUACAAAUAGCAGUCGUAUCGUAAGAAAGAAAAAACCUAAUAACCUGAAUGUGUUAUUUUUUGUAGUCCCUAUAUUUCUUAUAAUAGUAUUGUGUGUUUUAAUUAUACUUUCCUACCUCUGGACUGAAGUCAAGUCAGUAGUUGUAUCAAUAGCGGACUCAAAAGAGGAAUCAGAGGAGACCUCAGAAGAGCUCCCCUCAGAGGAGUCAGUGGAGGCCCCACCACCAGAGCAACCUGCUCAACAACAGGCCCCGGAACAGCAAGAGGCCCCCCAAGCGAGGGAGGCCCCACCACCAGAGGCAGCCAGACCCGCAGAGGCGCCCCCACCUCCAGAGCAGGCCCCACCACCACAGCAGGCCCCACCACCAGAGGCACCCAAACCCGCAGAGGCACCCCCACCUCCAGAGGCGGCCCCACCACCACAGGCACCCCCACCUCCAGAGGCGGCCCCACCACCACAGGCGCCCCCACCUCCAGAGGCGGCCCCACCACCACAGGCGCCCCCACCUCCAGAGGCGGCCCCACCGCCACAGGCACCCCCACCGCCAGAGGCGCCCCCACCUCCAGAGGCGGCCCCACCGCCAGAGGCGCCCCCACCUCCAGAGGCACCCCCACCGCCAGAGGCGCCCCCACCUCCAGAGGCGCCCCCACCACCACAGUAG